AGUUAUUCCCAGAGCGCGGCGCGCGGCGAGGGCGGGGGCGAGCGGGCGCCGCGCUCAGUGUGUCGGCGCGCGCCGCCGCCGCCAUGGGCAACCACCAGUCCGCCUCACACUACGUCCACAAGCCCAGCAAGAACGUGCGCUGGAAAACCGCAGGACGGCCUGCAACCCCAGGAAAGCCAGAUAUUAUACCGAUACUAUCGGAUGAGGAGCCGAAUUCGAUCACGUUAAAAUGGGCACCGGCGGCACACGACGGAGGCGCGCCGCUGCUGGGCUAUCAAGUGGAGUGCAACCGCCUGGGCGCCCCCGACUGGAUCCGCACGGCGCCACCCGUCGUGCUGCGGCCCGAGCUGGUGCUCACCGGCUUGGAGCCGCCCUACCGCUACCAGUUCCGCGUCGCAGCGCUCAACGCCGUCGGCCGCUCCGACUACAGCGACCUAUCUGAUGUGCUCACUGUCAGCUCCGACCGACUUCCUCAUGAACCACCGCUUUUCCUUCAACAUUUAGAGGAUUUGACCGUUCUUGAAAAUGAUAAAACAGAAUUCCGAGUCGCUUUCUCUGGUACACCUCCACCAACUAUAGCUUGGUUCAAAGAUGAUUAUGAGAUUUUCAGCAGUCGAAGAACGGCGAUCACUACGAGCGAUUCUACGAGUGUUCUUGUCUUCCAUCAAACGUUACCUAGCGAUGAAGGUGAAAUAAAAUGCACAGCAACAAAUCGCAGUGGACACGCGGUUACAAAAGCCCGAUUAUCACUGGAAGCAGCACCGAAGUUACGCUACCCGCGUCAAUACGAGGAUGGAUUGUUAUACGAAAUUAACGAAACCGUAUUCUUGAAAACUACGAUAGUUGGGAAACCAACACCUACAGUAGAAUGGCGACAUGACGGUCAACCCAUAGUGGUAGACGACCGAGUUGAGAUUUCGAAUACUUCAAAAUUUUCGAUGCUCAAAAUACAUUCAGCACGACGAAGCGACCGAGGGGAAUAUCAGAUUCAUGCGAAAAACAGCAUCGGAGAGGACACCGCAGCUUUCCUAGUGACGAUAACGGCACCACCAGACCCACCGCAGCGAGUGUCGGUAGCACGGCAGGUCGACAAGUCCGUCACACUGGAUUGGGAGCCGCCCGAGGACGACGGCGGUUGUCGCAUUGGGAAUUAUGUGGUGGAGUAUUAUCGACAAGGCUGGAACGUGUGGCUAAAAGCGACCACCAGUCGGAAGACGAACAUUACUCUCUUUGAUCUCAUCGAAGGGAGUGAGUAUCGUUUUCGUGUUAAAGCUGAGAGUCCAUACGGGAUGAGCGCGCCUAGUGUUGAGUCAGCGCCGGUGAGGAUACCCGGCCGGCCAGUAGACAUGGAGUUCUUGGCUGUGGAAUCGAAGAUAAUAAAUGAGGUCCUUACACGUGAAGAUGGCAGUGCUGACACUCGCGUAUCGCCGGCACCUCGGCGUAAGCGCGCGCACACUGCGCCUACCGAAGCACAGCCUCCCGCGCGGCAACCGCGCCGCUCGCCAGCCCGGGACCCCUCUGGCAGCAGCGAAUUCAUGUUGGUACUCUACCCAGAUUCGCAAAAACAAAUGGAAAAAUCCGAAAAGAGACAAUCGAUACAACUGGAUCUGGAUGCUCUAACGCCGCCUCCACUCUCGUUCUCUGCGCCGGAGCUGAGCUCUCGCUGCAUGAUGCCAUUCAAAGCGCUCCGUAAUGCCGUCAGCUCAUCACAGCUACUGCAUGAACUAGCAAUGGCGCGUGUUCACAAAGCUGUAGCUAUGAAAGAAGAACAAAACAGAAACAAAGACGAUAGACCCCCUAAUCACAAAACUGACAUUCCGUAUAAUACUAGCUAUGAUCGCGAAAACGUGAGAAAGAAUCAAGAUAUGCCAAAAUCGCACGAAGAGAUCUCUGAAACAAAGUUCAAAAAACCAGAAAUGAUAACUAAAGUAGAAUCUGUUGACAACUCACAAUACACGCUUAGCGCGCCACAAGUUUCAGUAGAUUCUGAAACAUCUGAUCAUAAGUGGCAACACAUGUCUUUUGAUGAAGACUACACAGCUAGCACUGUUUCUUCGGAUGGGGAAUAUACAGAUGAAGGGAGUCUCGAUGGAGAGAUAGACCGACGAAGCCAAUAUUCUAACGAAGAGGAAACAUACAAUCCGAGAGACAAAAUGGCUAGGCCUUCGCCUCUUAAAGACUUCAUUGAAGAGGAAGAAGAGGAUGUGUCAGAAAACGAGCCUCUCAAACCUUUGCCACUUCCUGAUCCUAAUUUUGUUCCAAAACCUAUAUUAAAGCGGAGAGAGCCAGAACUACUGGAAAUCAAGCCAAACCCUGCACCUGAACUUCCAAAAGUUGAAGAGAAAUCGAAACCUAAAGAAAAGCCAAAAAUUAGCGAAAAAAUCAAAAUUGGAAAAUCUGCAAUAAUAGAAAAAUCUAAUGCAACUGAAAAACUUAAAACAACAGAAAAACUUAAAGCAAUGGAAAAACCUAAGAAAGAAGAAAAGCUUACAAUAUUUAAGAAAAUCACUAAUACUAAGUUCCCUAAAUUACUUCAUAAAAAGGAAACCGAAAAAACGCCGGAAGAAAAUGUACCCAACGAUAAUCUUAAAACAAAUAAUAAAAUUGAUAAAAUGCAGGACAAGGUAAGUGAAGAAGGAAGAACAGUGAUUGAUUAUUAUGGUAGUAUUGUAAAAGAGUACGGUAGCCAAAAGAAAUCAGCAGCACCUAUGUACCUUAAAACAGAAGACUUAAAAGCUGUUGCUGAGAAGCAGCAACUUGAAACGAAGCCUGAAAAUACUGAAGAGAACCAAGUAGCAACACCAAAGAAGAUUGUGAAUAAAACAAAUAACAGUACGGCGACUCCUAAAAAAGGAAAAACUACAAAUUCAAUCAACAAAUCAGUUAAGACCAAGCAACCCAAUAACAGUGUUAAAAAUAUACCGGAUAAAAAAACCAAAACAACGGCUGCUACUCCUCCGGAACAUCAAAACGAUACGCAAAAGAAAUGUACUCAACAAGUAGUUCUAAGAAAAGCUGAGCGCGCAACCAUUGUUAUACCUAUUAACUACCAAGAACUUGAAGAGAAGGCGAAGAUGAACGUAAGAUCUGCUAUUGACUACACAGUAGAUGUUUGCUUGCUUCUUUUAGCUUUUUGGGUCUAUUUCUUUAAAGAUGAGAGACUCGCCAUUCCUUUUCUCAUACUGAUCAUAUAUCGACAGUUACAAGAAACACUCCUGUUGAAUAUUCCUGAGUGGUACAAACGUUAUACACCCAGCUGGCUCAAGAAGAAGACUUCUUGACCUCUUCCCAAAAGACAUAUUGUGCGAUAAUCUGAUUGAAUCGUGAGAAAUGUAUGAUGUGUGAUACUGUGAAAAUAUUUGUUUUUAUUAAUAAUUAAACUUACACAUAACGUCUUAUGUAUAAUUGAAUUAUAAUAGAAACUCGUACUAAAAAUAAGCCUAAACCAGUUGGCAACGACCACAAGACAUUUUUUUCCAAAAAUAUUGUUUACAAAAUCAAAAUGUUACUGUUACGCCAUAAUAUCGUGUCACAUCGCAAAUAUGUUCGUCUCAUAUCUCAAUUCAAAUUGCCGGUCUCAGAUUGUAUUCCUUUCAUACCACCUCGCAAACUACACGAUCCGAAGGCAUGUGCUAUAAGAAAUAGAGGACUUGUCCUUGGCGUUUAUUACAAUGAACACGUAGCUAUUGAUCCGGCAAUCCUCACCGCCAGUGGACAGAAAUAUGAUAAAGAAGUUUCGGGGAAGCUAUGGUCAAUGCUCAAACUGACUCCGAUACCAAAACUAGGCGAAACUAGAGUAUUUUACGACUUAGAUCCAAAGUACGCUUACGUAGCUGUUGCAGGGCUCGGCAGCGAAUGUGUGACAUUCAAUAAAAUCGAGCAGUUAGAUGAAACGAAGGAAGCAAUACGAAUAGCAGCAGCCGCAGGAGCAAGAGCACUUCGUGGUUUUCACCCCAAGGAAAUUGAUGUAGAAUCAUUCGGUAAUGCUGAGGCAGCCGCUGAGGGAGCAAACCUCGCAGUAUGGGAAUUCAACAAAUAUAGAAGUCAUGCAAACCAGAAAGUUAUUCCUAAUCCAAAUCUUCUUCUAUACGAUGACUGCGACGAGGACGGUUGGAAAAUAGGAACAUUAAAAGCGGAAGCUCAAAAUCUAGCAAGACAUCUACAAGAAAUGCCGGCAAACAUAUUAAAUCCUACUAAGUUCGCUAAGAUAGCUGUGGAUAUUUUAUGUGAGUUGGAUAUUAAUGUGGAGGUGAAAACAAAAGGUUGGGCGGCCGGUCGUGAAAUGGGUGGAUUCGUAUCUGUAGGAAAAUCUUCUGUACAGCCGCCACUGCUCGUAGAACUCAGUUAUUAUGGAGCUGAUGAAUACACACGCCCCAUUAUCAUGAUCGGCAAAGGAGUCACAUUUGAUAGUGGAAGCUUGGACUUGCAGUCACCUAAGGAUUUAAGAUAUAUGAAGGGUGACAUGGCCGGAGCAGCUUGCGUAUUAGCAAUAAUCAGAGCUGCAGCGAGACUCAAACUCCCCGUAAACAUCAGAGGUAUUCUACCGAUGUGUGAGCUGAUGCCCAACGGAAGAAGUCCCAAAUUUGGAGAUUUAAUUUAUAAUGCGAACGAUAAAUCUAUUCUUAUAAGGAUGCCGUCACGUGAGGGAAGACUUCUUAUCGCAGACAGUUUAGUUUAUGCACGAAACUACUGGCCCAAAUUCAUUAUCGACAUAGGCACAAUGUCAAAAGAACUAUUACAUUACCUCGGCGGAGCAGCAUGCGCUUGUUACACGAAUUCAGACGAGUUAUUCCGCUACAUCGAACUGGCGAGUGCUCAUACAGGUGACAGGGUGUGGAGAAUGCCUCUGUGGAAGUUUUACGAGGACCGCGUCAAUAAUUGCGAGACGGCGGAUGUUGCUAACACAGGACUUGAGCGUUAUGGCGACUCCGCAAACUGUGCUGCUUUCCUGAAGCAAUUUGCAAGCGACAGUCAAUGGAUGCAUCUGGACACAUACAACGUGGGCUAUACCUUGGGUACCGACUUCCCGUACCUGGCGCGCGGCAUGACCGGCAGACCCACCAGAACAGUUAUUGAGUUGUUACACCAAAUGAUAGCAUCUUCUAAAUUAUAAUACAAGUAUUAUUCGCUUAUAGACAAUAUUUUUUUGUGUAGUAAUUCGUUCAUGAGCUAUACAUUUUUGAUUUAUUCAUAUUUGUCAAGUAAUAAAACCCUUUAACAUUU